GUCAGUCGUCCCCCUGGAUUCGAGGUGCCGCUUCAAGUGCACCACCACUCCUCUGAUGCGAAAAUCUUGCCUUUCGUUUUGAACAUCCCUGUACGCACGCGUAUCCAACUCUUUCCCCCGCGAUGACUCCAGCAGCGAAAAAGCAUGCCGUUGAAGUUCAACGAACAACACCACUGGAUACAUAUUUUUGCCUCUCUUCUAACGUAAUUUCCGAGAACCCUGUGUUGCACGCGUGAAUUAUUGCUCGUUUUAAACCGGGAAGUUGUGAAGCCAGCUUGACGCUGAGGAACUUUGCCAGGCUCUGCCUUUCGCACCUGGCGUGCGGAGACGGGAGUUUGACCCAGCGUGGAAAUCUUAAAACGGACUUUUCUGGACUCAGGGAUCACGCGACUAAGAAGGGUAACAAUCCAACAAUUCCAGCAAUUUCUUCUCUAGGUGAUGCUUUUCUUCCGUAUGGUUUUGCGUAAAGGAAAAUACAUUUCUUUGGCGCUGCCUGGUCAUUUUUGACAAUGGAAAAGAUAUGAAGGAGGCAUCUACCUGGACCAAUUAAGAGCAUUACCACAGGAUGCGGGAGCGUGAUCUACAGAGCAUGUGCAGAAGAGUAGUGCUCCUCACCCUGUGCCUGCUGUGUGUGUGGGGCCAGUUCACCCUCGCCUUGUCCUACCGCAGCCACAUAGUUCAGCAUGUGAAAGCAGGGACCUGCGAGGUGAUAGCGGCACACCGCUGCUGCAACAAAAACAAGAUCGAGGAACGAUCGCAGACUGUCAAGUGCUCCUGUUUACCUGGGCAGGUUGCCGGGACAACGAGAGCUGCCCCAUCAUGCGUGGACGCGUCCAUCGUGGUCCAGAAGUGGUGGUGCCAGAUGCACCCCUGCAUGGACGGCGAGGAGUGCAAGGUCCUGCCCGACUUCAAAGGCUGGAGCUGCAGCAUGGGCAACAAAGUCAAGACCACCAAGGUCACAGCGUAGUCUGGACUCAAGAUGCUCAGAUCCGCCAUCCUUUUUGGAGAGGAGCCCCAGUGGAUUUAAUGAAGGGAAGUUUGGCAGUAAGGAGGCGAAGGGUCUUUGGCUGUACAGGAAUACCCAUGUACUUCUAAAACGACGACCACCCACACAUCCAAAAAUGGAGCCACAGGCAUUUCCACUGCUUAGUCCUUUUUCAGUAAGCCCACCAGUAAACCUUCAUUUGUGUUGUUCUCUUUUUGUUUUGCUUUCGUUUUCAUUUUUUUCUUCAAUGUUGGACCAGGACAUCCAUGUAAGAUAGCUAAUCCAGCGCAUUAUUGUCUAUGCGCACGAACCGCCACCACAAAAAAAAAAAAACUGAAGAAGAAAAAAAAAGAGAAAAAUAUAUAUAAGAAAAAAGACUGAAGAAAGUAUACAUUUAAAAAAAAGUGACAAGGACACAAGAUAUUCACUGACUGACUAAAAUGGUGUUUCGUGUCCUUAUUCUCUGCAAGCAUUUACAUCCAGUUUUUGAUGCUCUUCUACGUGAGAAGAUUUUUGACUUGAAGACUUGGAAGCAUUUGACAAUAGGGACCAUCCACGCUGCAGCAUAAAGGCUGAUUUCUUUUUUUUUGCCCUUCUCGGGAAAAGACUCAAAAAACAAUGGAGAAGGCAAGAAAGAAAGUCAGGAAGGGACUGACUGCUUCAUUGAGUGUGAAUUUAUGGUCAUAAUAGUCCACCGAUUCAAACAAACAUGACAUUAGCUGUGCUGCAACCGUUUUAAUACAGUAUUUGUUUUUAAGACCCUGGUGACCGCUAUCAAGUUAAAAG